UCUACAUUUCAGGAAUUUCUUAACCUCUCAUCCUUUCCAUCUAGUAUUUCAUCAAAUGAACACUGUAGUUGAACAGAAAAAUCUGUUAUCGGUUUGUUAGGGUUCGCGUGUAAAGGACCAAUUUCGAGUUUUUAUACUCAAAUUAAAGCAUGGCGAAUGUAAUUGACUACAAUGAAGUUCUUAAGAACAGAUAUUCCGAUAUUUUACUCAGUCACACUAUAUUACUUAUAAUUGGAACAGUUAUAGGGGUGCUAGGAAAUGGUGCCACCAUUGUUGUGUACUCAAGUCGGAUCAAGGAAAGAGGAGAACGUUAUUUCAUUCCUUUGUUAGCAAUCGUAGAUCUUAUAGCUUGUUUAACUAUUUCGGCAUAUUACGUUAUGAAUAAUACAUAUUUUUAUGAUUAUCCAAGUAAUACCGUGUGUUGUUUCCUUACAUUCUUGCAAGUGUUUGCUUCCGGACUUUCGGCCCAUAUUCUACUUAUCAUAAGUGUUCAAAGGUACCAUUUAGUAUGCAAACCGUUUGGUCCAAAGAUGACAUUGUUCUGGAAAAAAGUUUCGCUGGCUGUUGCGUGUUCAUUCACAUUAUUGUAUGCAUGUCCACUGUUAGGAUUUUCAGGAACGAAUACAUCGGAAGCCGUUUUUAUGAAUCAUACAAUUAAUACAACAUCAUGUAAAUUUUCCAGAGUAGACACAAAAGCAACAACUAUUUAUUUUGGACUCCUAGCCCUAAUCAUAGUGUGCAAUCUUGUUAUCACCACUGUCCUAUACAUACCAGUCUUGAAAAGGAUUCAAAUUUCCUUUCCAACAAAAUCGAAAAACAUUUCUUUAGCCACUAAAAAGGAGCAAAGCAUAGCCAGUCAAGACGUUUCAGAAACCAGCUUGACAAAGACAUCCGGUAUUGAGUUAGAAUCUGAUAUCAAAUCCACAGGAAACGGUAAAUCGCCCGGAAAGAGUGACAACCUAUACAUUUCAUCAAAUCAAGAACUCUCAAAUGAUGCAAAUCGAAAUGAGGAUCUUCCCUCUUAUGCAGUACAACAAUCUUCACCGAACGAUAAUUCAAUUAAUAAAGAAGAAGAAAAAAGAGAAAGUCCCAACAAUUCUCCUAAAUCAAAGAGCAGUUCAGUUGAAAAGAGAAUAAGUAUUAUGUUUUCCGUUAUAAUACUUGCUUACCUUAUUUCCUAUAUUCCUCCAGUUGUCUUCGUAAUCCUUAGAUACACAAUUGAAAAUUUUAACUAUAUAACUUUAUCAAAACUAGAAACAUUUGCUUGAUUUUAUAUAGCACGGUUGAUUUUUGUUAAUCACCUUGUAAAUCCUUUUAUCUAUUGUUAUUUUGAUGUAAAACUGAGAAGGGAAUUGAAAAAGUGCUGUACACAUGAAUCAAAAGUACAGAAUUAAUUGUCAAUGCAAAUAUUUUGAGAUGAAACGCCUACAGAGGCAGAAAGUUUACUACACUACUGGUAUACACGUUUUUAUUGUCAAAAGAAGUAAUUGAUAAUGAAGAUAAUGAACGAUUGGUCUUUAUUGUUCAGAGGCAAAUAUAAAUAAAAUAUGAUAAUAUAGCAAAUUAAAUUUUAUGAUUAACAAAUGAUACUACACUAAAUAUAUUUUCAAACUUUGAAUUGAUGAAAACAAAGCUGGGAAUAAAGGUGAUAUCCAAAAAUAAGCAAAACAUUAUUUUAUUCUGUCGAUAUAGAAUUAUUGAAGAAAUAAGAGAAAAAGAAGAAAUUGAUUUUUUUUAUUCUCUGAAAAUGAUUCUGGAUGUUUAUCUGUAUAGAAGUGUUUAUCAAUAGUACUAUAAAACUAAAAUAAUUCUUUACUAUUCUGUGUGUAAAUAAGUUUCAAAAAAAAUCAUACUAAGUUAUCCAGUAUUGCCCAGUUUUAUCCAUUUCUGGGAGUAAUUGCCCAGCCCGGGAAAACCCGGACCUGGGUUUUCCCGUCCGUGUAUUACUUUGCCAACCCUGUGAAAGUUUUUAAAAAAGCGUCUAAAGAUAAUCCUUACAUAUUAAAAUUACCUUGUUGAAAUAUAACACAGAGAAAACCAAUCGGGAAAAUAUACUGGUACGUGAAAUUAGUUUUGAAUCUUAGGUCGGUACUUCGUGUUUUUGUCUUUAUGGUAGUUUAUUUGUUGGUGCUUCGUGCCAAUCUGAAGAGUCCUAACAUUUCCAACUGAAUUUAAAAUAUGUGUUCUUAUGCUGUUCUGUUACACCACUGUUCCAAUUUAGCUGAAGGUUGAGCGCUUCCAAACAUGUUUAAAACCCUCCGCAUUGUUUAUGUGCGUGUCCCGUUAGGAGCCUGCUAUUCAGCGGUAACCGUUGUCAUUGUUGCUGUCUGUCAAAUUUGUGAUUAGUUAAUUGUUUUAUUGAUAUUCAGGCUGUUUGUUUUCUUUUUUGAAAUUAUUUAAUUGUUUCUCAUUUUUUUAUGUCUGGGACUUUUAUAGCAAACUAUACGCUAUGGGUUUUGAUCAUUUUUGAAGCCCAUAUGGUGACCUAUAGUUUCUUACAUCCACAUUAUUUGCAUUCUGGUGGAUAGUUGUCUCAAUUGCAAUCAUAUCACAUCUACUUACUUUUAUAUGUACAUUUCGUGUAUCUAUGAUUUAUUGAAUUGAUGAUAAGAAAUUGACUAAGUUCCUAUGCGCCCUAUUCAAUGUAAUCGUUAUAAUAACACAUAUACCACAACUGUAAUUUCUCAAAUAUAUCGCAUUUGCAUUAUUGCAUUCCAAUAGAAAUUAUCACUUUACUGUUAACUAUAUGUAGUUUCAUGCAUUUAUAUGUUGUAAACAAUUACAUAUUUCUAAUGUUAAUACAUGGUACUCUAGAAUAGAUUAUAUUCAGAAAGAGAUUAAAUUACCAAAUUUUGACCAAUCAAUUGGUUCUUUAUGUAAGCAUGUUAAAAAUGAACUAUAUGAAAGUUAUUUAACAUUUUGGAAUAGACUGAAGUACCAAACAAUUAACUGAGAAAAAGGGAAUCUUAGUACUUAUUUUUCUAUAAAAUAUUGUUUUAAAAAAAGAAAAAUAUUUAGAACUACAGGAUUUAAAAAAAGAUAGUCAAUUUGUAAAUUAAGAAUAAGCGCUCACACUUUAAAAAUUGAGACGGACAGAUAUUAAAAAAAAACAUAUAGAUAGAUCCAAGUGUCUUUGCUUAAAUUGCACACUUGGUAAAGUUGAGGAUGAGUUUCAUUUUUUAUAAGAAUGUCCACUAUAUGAUAUCAAAAGAGAAGUUUUUUUCAAUACAUUUCAAACAUUUGUUAUAAUUUCAAAAACUUAAAUAAAUCUUCCAAAUUUUUAUGGCUCUCGACACAAGAAAAUGUAUCUCUUGUGGAAAAAAUGGGCUGUUAUAUUGGAGAGUGUUUUGUGAGGAGAUCAUGUCUGAAUACUGAUACUAAGUCUAGUAAAUAAUUUGAGAACGAAUGCAUAUAAUGUAAUUUUAUUAUUUAAUUGUGCAUUCAUAAUAUGUAUUGUUGUUGGCUCUGAUUCUGACCAAUGCUAAUAUACUAAAUAUACAUCUACAUGUACACUGUGAUGUUUAUUGUUGUAAUUAUCAAUUAUGUCAAUCAAUUG